GGCUCGGUCACCGGCGACGGGAGAGCAAGGCUCCGACUCGGGCAGCAUGGCUGAGAAGCGACACGAAGGGGACACCCAAGCCCGGCGACUCCCCAACUCCUUCAAUGCAGAUAGCUCCACUACGGGCCUUGGACCUUGUGGAUGGAUUUUGGUGGCUGUCUCAUUCUUAUUCACAGUUAUAACUUUCCCAUUUUCAAUAUGGAUGUGCAUAAAGAUCAUAAAAGAGUAUGAAAGAGCUAUCAUCUUUAGAUUGGGUCGCAUUUUACAAGGAGGAGCCAAAGGACCAGGUUUGUUUUUUAUUCUACCAUGCACUGACAGCUUCAUCAAAGUGGACAUGAGAACAAUUUCAUUUGAUAUUCCUCCUCAGGAGAUCCUCACUAAGGAUUCGGUGACAAUUAGUGUGGAUGGUGUGGUCUAUUACCGUGUUCAGAAUGCAACCUUGGCUGUGGCAAAUAUCACCAAUGCUGACUCAGCAACCCGUCUUUUGGCACAAACUACUCUGAGGAAUGUUCUGGGCACCAAGAACCUUUCUCAGAUCCUCUCUGACAGAGAAGAAAUUGCACACAACAUGCAGUGUACUCUGGAUGAUGCCACCGACGACUGGGGAAUAAAGGUGGAGCGUGUGGAAAUUAAGGACGUGAAACUACCUGUGCAGCUCCAGAGGGCUAUGGCUGCAGAAGCAGAAGCAUCCCGGGAGGCCCGGGCCAAGGUCAUUGCAGCUGAGGGAGAAAUGAAUGCAUCCAGGGCUCUGAAAGAAGCCUCCAUUGUCAUCACAGAAUCCCCUGCGGCCCUUCAGCUCCGGUACCUUCAGACACUGACCACCAUUGCCGCCGAGAAAAACUCAACAAUUGUCUUCCCUCUGCCCAUAGAUAUGUUGCAAGGCAUCAUGGGGGCAAAACCCAGAGCCACAUAGGCCAGUACAGAGAUGAGCUCUACAUUCCAAGGACCAAGUGGAGACCAAAUUAAAUUAGCCUUUAACUCAUAAGGAGAAAGUAGGGCGGGGCACCUUGGGAAUAUCCCUCCCUUUCCUUUUCCAUAUGUUGAGUGUGGUGUUCGUAGAAUGUAUAGUCAUCAUAAGAACAGGCAUAAGAACUGUUAGUUUGUAAAUAGUGAGAGAGAAAGAGAAAGAUUGGUGGUUAAUAUAAGAUAAUCUCUUACUCUUUAAAAUACUUAAAAGUUUGUAGUUUUAGAUCAUACAUUACAUAGUAGGUUAAAUCCCUCUUCUUUUGACUUCCACUGAGUCAUUCUUAACCCUCUAUCAGCAGCCAGGCCAGAGGCAAGAACACAGCCUAGAACUGCCACCUAACACCCCUGGCUGGAUAAAUGCUUUGCAGGAAGUGAUGACCUUACGCUACAGCCAGCUUCUCUGCACCAUAUGUGCCUUCUCUCCAGGGAGUCUUCAUUGAGAAAAUUUCCCUAAUAUCCAUUUACUUUCUAAACCCAAACCAUGUUUCAGAAUAAUCCUUACUCUGGGCUGGCCCGUGGCUCACUCGGGUGAGUGCAGUGCUGAUAACACUAAGGCCACGGAUUCGGAUCCCAUA